AUGUCUCAAAUGCAGUUGAUUCUUGCCAUUUUGUUGAUUUUUAGUUUUUUGGCUCAAAAUUCCUUGGGAUUAUCGCCGGUUAUUUUUAUACCAGGUGACGGAGGCAGCCAAUUAGAAGCCAAAUUGAACAAAACAAAUGUAGUCCACUAUAUAUGUGAGAAGACUACAGAUAAGUACUACAACAUAUGGCUCAAUCUAGAACUGCUCGUCCCAUUCGUCAUUGAUUGCUGGGUAGACAAUGUACGCUUAGAAUAUGAUAAUGUGACUCGGACAACCACUAGUCCUCCUGGAGUGGACAUCGCGGUGCCAGGCUGGGGUAAUCCCGAACCCGUGGAAUGGUUGGACCCAUCGCACGAGUCUGCUGGGGCCUAUUUUAACACCAUCGGAGAUGCUCUAGUCAAAAUGGGAUAUGUUAGAAAUAUAUCCUUGCGAGGUGCUCCAUAUGAUUUCAGAAAAGCUCCUAAUGAAAAUGGAGAAUUCUUUGUGAAGUUAAAAACUCUGGUGGAGGAAACAUACACCAUGAACAACAAGUCUGCUGUGACACUCCUAGUGCACAGUAUGGGUGGCCUUAUGGGGCUGCACUUCCUCAGGCUUCAGACGCAAGCCUGGAAAGACCAGUACAUCAGACGGAUGAUAUCUUUGUCCACACCCUGGGGGGGAGCUAUGAAGGCACUCAAGGUUUUUGCUAUCGGCGACGAUCUGGGCUCUCGUAUGCUGAGCGAGAGUACGCUCCGUGCAGAACAGAUCACGUGCCCGUCUCUAGCGUGGCUGCUGCCUUCGCCUAACUUCUGGAAGCCCUCCGAGGUGCUGGUCCAGACCGACAAGUUCAACUACACCAUCAACGACCUGCAGAAGCUGUUCACCGACAUGGAGGUGCCGAACGCGUGGGAGAUGCGCAAGGACACCGAGAAGUACUCGCGGGAUUUCAGCGCGCCCGGCGUCGAGCUGCACUGCCUGUACGGGCUCAACGUGUCCACCGUCGAGAGGCUGGUGUACAAGCCGGGCACGUGGCUGGACGGCCGGCCCGCACUGCAGCCGGGCGACGGCGACGGUACCGUCAACCUGCGCUCGCUGCGGGCUUGCGAGCACUGGAGGCGACCGCCCGGCUGGUUCAGCCGCUCCUACCCCGUGAAGCCACUGCCGCUACCCGGCGCUGAGCACCUGAAGAUCCUGCACGACCCUCGGGUGCUGGACUACCUCACCACCGUGCUCGCUAUACCCUGA